GCACAUGGGAGACAAAGUUCCCCAAGGAGCAGACGCACUACCGCAACUUCCGCGUGAACGAUAAGCAGCAGGUGCGCGUGGCCAUGAUGACGAACAAGGGCAGCUACCAGGCGGCCACAGACAACGAGCUGCAGGUGGACGUGCUGGUGCUGCCGUACACGGGCAAUAUCAGCAUGCUGGUGGCCAUCCCCCAGAAGCUGACGGGCAUGAGGAACCUGGAGCAGGAGAUAUCACCCACCGUCGUCAACAAGUGGCUCAAAAACAUGACCAACAGGUGAGAUGAGACGCUGUUUACAUGUAUAUGGAUAUGG